UUCACGUUUUACUCUGAACAAAUGGAUACCUUGCUGUGCCAGUGGACAUCUAGCCGUCACAGUCGACUUGUACAUCACCAAGAUACUUGUUGCAAUGGUACGCUGGGAUACGCGCGAAGUGACCCGCACGUGACAUGUUCUGAUAUGCGGUGUUGUAACACAAGUGAGACUGUAGCUGUAUACCCAAUCAAUGAUGUACUGGGAUUUCGUUUUCGCUGUGUGCCAAGAGUUUUCUUUCGACAUAACUGUUAUGAGGCAGGAAAAAAUGUAAGAACUAGCGAAGAAGAACAUGAUUACACACCUCGUAUAUGCUGUGAUGGAGCCAAAUUCAUCGUGGACAUCAAUAAAUUCCAUGCCGCCAUGACGAUACGCUGCGUGGCUAGGUGACGUUAUCAAAUGUAAAUAUACAAUGGGGAUUGCUAAAUUCCUCUGAAUAUAUUCUCUUACUCUAUCGUGGCCUCACUCUUCCCAUUAUGUCCAUGUCCGAAACCAUCAGAUCACAUCUUCAAUAUCAACGGAUAUUCAGGACCACGCUAAAUAAUAAAGAAAUGUUAACACUGAUACAAAGAAAUGAUUCAUUUAAUGCUGGGAUGUGCCUUUCCACUUAACGUGAAAUAAAACAUAUAUAAAUAUAUGAGGAUGUUGUUUAAAAGAAAAUGAUAGAAAAAACUUCUAACGGUUAAAUGUUUGCAUUGUAAACCUUAGGCAUUUUAUGUGAGAUUUAGCAGUAAACAACUGAUCUCUUAUCUGAUAUAAUAUAUCAGUUAAGGUGUAUCUUAAAUAUAAAUGUUUGCGCGUUUGACAUGGGUGUGUGUGUUAAAAAGCUCGCUUUUAUAUGUAGUAAAAAAAACGAUGGUAUAUUUAUGAGCUAACACUGUGUGUUAGCAUGAGCUUGACUGAACACGAACCCAGAUCAAACAUUUAAAUAAAAUUCUAACAAACUCGUUACACUGAACAGUAUAAGAAAGAAAAUAUUUUUUAGUUUGGCUUUCAAAAGUAUCUAAAAUCGAGUGACCAAAAGAAACAAAUAUCGAAAAGGAAAGAAAGAAAGAAAGGAACCAAUUGGCAAUACUCCGAUAAAAACGUCUUUGUCCAAAUAUCUUUACGCGUACUUAAAUAUUAACUGUUGAAUGUUUAAUGUAUGGUGUACGGUAAAACAUACAGAACAGUGAGCUUAUAUGUUGUGUAUUAAUUGCUAUUAAUAUUUGUUUAAUGUUCUCUGAAGGACUAAAUAUGGAGUAACAAUAUCAUGAAAAUUGGUAUAUGUGUUACCAAUAAAUAACGGAUUACCAAUCAUACUUAAAGAAAACUAAAAAAGGCUAUUUAAAUAAGAACCUAAACUUUUUUCCAUGCUAUAUCUUUGAUAUGACAAAAAACAAAAUGCAUCCGGGACAGGUUCUAAUUUAUAAAUUGGAAAUUACAAACACGAUUAGUUUUAUUUGAAUUUUAUUUUCACUUUCCCCAGAAGAAACCGUUCAUAUACUAAAGCUUCCCAACAAUACAUGCACUUUAACUGGUUGUUUUCUGCUGAAAGUUACUUCAUUUAUAUAUGAAAAAAAAGCAACGGUAUGAAAAAAAAAAUAACCAGCGCUUCUGUAAGAGUUGUGACACAGAAGCAGUAUGUUCGGAAACUAAUACGAGUGAAAAAAUUUCUUUCAAAAUAUUGUGAAAACUAUUUAAAAAGGAAAGGGUUAUAUAUCAUGAUGGUAACACUGUGACGAUGGCUGAUAUGAAUAGCGUGAACACGAUAGUGAGUGCGCUAACAGUGGGAAAAGGGGAGACAGACAUUGUAAAAUAAUGAUAAAAUAAAAAAAAUGAAAUGUA